UGGGAGCCAGGCACGAUGUCAGCAGCCAGUGACCCACAGACAUGCCGUUUGGUGCCUGACUCCAUGCCUCAGCCCUUACGGCUCCGCAAGCAACAAGUAACUAGCCCCUGGUCUCCCGCACACAAAAUGCUGUUCGGCUCCUGCUUGUACUGGAAAACACUGUUUUUUAUAAGUUCGGCAGUGCUUCUUGCAGGUUUUACUGAAGCCGGAGCCUUUGCCAGCCCAAAAGAAUGUGAAAGUGCGACCAUAGAUGAUGUGAAUGAGAGCCUGGAGAAAUAUUCAAAAUGCUUUAAUGACAUGAUUGCCAAGGGUGAGAAAGCUUCAAUCAAUUUCCUCAUCUGGACACUGCAAGAAUCCCUGGAUCGCCUGCGGGCUGCUCAGGAGAAAUUUUGCAAGCAGCUCCCUCCGUGCCCGCUCCCACUAGCACCUAGCAAUGGUGGGCUGGUGUGUGUCACCAUUGACAAUACUCAGUACUGCAAACCCAUGUGCAACAAGGGUUAUGACUUUCAAUUCCUCAGAAGAAGUAGGCUGUAUGAAGUAUGUGGCAACGCCACCAGGUUUUCCUGGACAACGGAGCUUGGUGGGGGAAAGGAACUGGCUGUUUGUAACCCCUCUGACAUUGCCAUCAGUGGAGCUGAAUCUGCCUAUUUCCCCACCAACACCACCUGUCUGCAUACACUAGCCUUCACUGAAACUCAGACAGAGCAGCUAAACAUCUUCCUCAAAGAGCUUGGUGAGCAAGGCAUCAACGGCUCCAACCGUGACAAGGAGGCUGAUUGUAUCAUCUGCGGUUAACCAGCACCAAAAAGCUUGUGCCACCAACCAGCUCUCUGUAAUUUGACGUGGGUAUUUUGACAAGAGGAGCUAAACAUUGAUAUCUUUGUUAAGACAUGUAAACAUACAGCUUUUAUUUCAUUAAAUGACUAGAGAUCACAGUCAUAAUCUGGCCUCAGCUCUGGAGUAUAGGCUAAACCUAAUCACAUAGGCCAUGGCAGAGGUGUUUCAAAGAAAGAUCACUUUUAUGGCUUAAAUUUGUCUAGCUGGAAUUAUAUAAGCAUUAGAGUUGUUUAAUGGAUGCAGUUAUUAGUUAAACACAAUAAUUGUUAUCAGAAAUCGUCUCCUGUCAGGGAUCAUCUUUACUGAGAAAAGGCCGUGCUUUUAGUUGCUUUUACAGUUGCCAACUAAUCACGAUUGUUGCUCUGAUGACCAUUAAAGCAACACAAGUCACAACA